CAUCCUGACAAUCCUCGACUCAUUCCUGCACUUGCAUUUCUUGUGUGAUCAAUUUAAGAAGCAAGCUAGUUUUUCCCGUGAUAAGAUUUUGUCUAGUAUUGAUUUAUAUUUGUAGUUCACGUUAUUUAAUUCGUAGUUGUAAAGAAAUUCAGAUAUUAAUUUUAAUUUGGAAUCUGAUUUAGUGUUAUCAAAAUGCAGAUUUUCGUGAAGACUCUCACAGGAAAAACUAUUACCCUUGAAGUCGAACCAUCUGAUACUAUUGAGAAUGUAAAGGCAAAAAUUCAAGAUAAAGAAGGCAUUCCCCCAGAUCAGCAACGUUUGAUCUUCGCUGGAAAGCAGCUGGAAGAUGGUCGUACACUAUCUGACUACAAUAUUCAAAAAGAGUCUACCCUUCACCUGGUACUGCGUCUACGUGGUGGUAUGCAAAUUUUCGUGAAGACCCUUACAGGUAAAACCAUUACCCUUGAGGUGGAACCUUCUGAUACAAUCGAGAAUGUUAAGGCUAAAAUUCAGGACAAAGAAGGCAUUCCACCUGACCAGCAGCGUUUGAUCUUCGCUGGUAAGCAGCUAGAAGAUGGCCGUACCCUGUCAGACUACAACAUUCAAAAAGAGUCAACCCUUCACUUGGUACUACGUCUUCGUGGUGGUAUGCAAAUUUUCGUGAAGACCCUUACAGGCAAAACCAUUACCCUUGAGGUGGAACCUUCUGAUACAAUCGAGAAUGUUAAGGCUAAAAUUCAGGACAAAGAAGGCAUUCCACCUGACCAGCAGCGUUUGAUCUUCGCUGGCAAGCAGCUAGAAGAUGGCCGUACCUUAUCGGACUACAAUAUUCAAAAAGAGUCAACCCUUCACCUGGUACUGCGUCUUCGUGGUGGUAUGCAAAUUUUCGUAAAGACCCUCACGGGUAAAACCAUUACCCUUGAAGUGGAACCUUCUGAUACAAUCGAGAAUGUUAAGGCUAAAAUUCAGGACAAAGAAGGCAUUCCACCUGACCAGCAGCGUUUGAUCUUCGCUGGCAAGCAGCUAGAAGAUGGCCGUACCUUAUCGGACUACAAUUCAAAAAGAGUCAACCCUUCACCUGGUACUGCGUCUACGCGGUGGUAUGCAAUUUUCGUGAAGACCCUUACAGGUAAAACCAUUACCCUUGAGGUGGAACCUUCUGAUACAAUCGAGAAUGUUAAGGCUAAAAUUCAGGACAAAGAAGGCAUUCCACCAGACCAGCAGCGUUUGAUCUUCGCUGGUAAGCAGCUAGAAGAUGGCCGUACCCUGUCAGACUACAACAUUCAAAAAGAGUCAACCCUUCACCUGGUACUGCGUCUACGCGGUGGUAUGCAAAUUUUCGUGAAGACCCUUACAGGUAAAACCAUUACCCUUGAGGUGGAACCUUCUGAUACAAUCGAGAAUGUUAAGGCUAAAAUUCAGGACAAAGAAGGCAUUCCACCAGACCAGCAGCGUUUGAUCUUCGCUGGUAAGCAGCUAGAAGAUGGCCGUACCCUGUCAGACUACAACAUUCAAAAAGAGUCAACCCUUCACCUGGUACUGCGUCUACGCGGUGGUAUGCAAAUUUUCGUGAAGACCCUUACAGGUAAAACCAUUACCCUUGAGGUGGAACCUUCUGAUACAAUCGAGAAUGUUAAGGCUAAAAUUCAGGACAAAGAAGGCAUUCCACCAGACCAGCAGCGUUUGAUCUUCGCUGGUAAGCAGCUAGAAGAUGGCCGUACCCUGUCAGACUACAACAUUCAAAAAGAGUCAACCCUUCACCUGGUACUGCGUCUACGUGGUGGUAUGCAAAUAUUCGUAAAGACUCUUACUGGUAAAACCAUUACCCUUGAAGUGGAACCUUCUGAUACAAUUGAGAAUGUUAAGGCUAAAAUCCAGGACAAAGAAGGUAUUCCACCAGAUCAGCAACGUUUGAUCUUUGCCGGAAAACAGUUGGAGGAUGGCCGUACCCUAUCAGACUACAAUAUUCAAAAAGAAUCAACCCUUCACCUGGUACUGCGUCUUCGUGGUGGUAUGCAAAUUUUCGUGAAGACCCUCACUGGCAAAACUAUUACCCUUGAAGUGGAACCAUCUGAUACCAUAGAAAAUGUUAAGGCUAAAAUUCAGGACAAAGAAGGCAUUCCACCAGACCAGCAGCGUUUGAUCUUCGCCGGCAAGCAGCUAGAAGAUGGCCGUACCCUAUCCGACUAUAACAUUCAAAAAGAAUCAACCCUUCAUCUUGUAUUGCGUCUUCGUGGUGGUAUGCAAAUAUUCGUUAAGACCCUUACGGGUAAAACCAUUACCCUUGAAGUGGAACCUUCUGAUACAAUUGAGAAUGUUAAGGCUAAAAUCCAGGACAAAGAAGGUAUUCCACCAGAUCAGCAGCGUUUGAUCUUCGCCGGCAAGCAGCUAGAAGAUGGCCGUACCCUGUCAGACUACAACAUUCAAAAAGAGUCAACCCUUCACUUGGUACUACGUCUUCGUGGUGGUAUGCAAAUUUUCGUGAAGACCCUUACAGGCAAAACCAUUACCCUUGAGGUGGAACCAUCCGAUACCAUAGAAAAUGUUAAGGCUAAAAUUCAGGACAAAGAAGGCAUUCCACCAGACCAGCAGCGUUUGAUCUUCGCCGGCAAGCAGCUAGAAGAUGGCCGUACCCUAUCGGACUACAAUAUUCAAAAAGAGUCAACCCUUCACCUGGUACUACGUCUUCGUGGUGGUAUGCAAAUUUUCGUGAAGACCCUCACGGGAAAAACCAUUACCCUUGAAGUGGAACCAUCCGAUACCAUAGAAAAUGUUAAGGCUAAAAUUCAGGAUAAAGAAGGCAUUCCACCAGACCAGCAGCGUUUGAUCUUCGCCGGCAAGCAGCUAGAAGAUGGCCGUACCCUAUCCGACUACAACAUUCAAAAAGAGUCGACCCUUCAUCUAGUAUUGCGUCUCCGUGGUGGCUUUUAAAAUUAUGCAAAAUAUAUGAGAACAUGUAACCAGCAACCUAUUUAAUUGCAGUAUUAAAUGUUUAGAAUGUUUCAAUGUAUUAUGUAAUCAUUCCAAUUUCAAUAUUCAAUAAACAGUUUGCUUCA